GUGUGUGCUAGAACGUUACAGUGUCCACUACUCUCGUGCCAGGACUUAGUUCGCAAUAUGAAUUCGAGGUGUUUAUUAGUGUUAGCGGCCGCCCUCGGCGUAGCUGUGGCCCAAGAGUCCUUCAAAUGCCCCGACGACUUCGGUUUCUACCCUCACCACAUCUCCUGUGACAAAUACUGGAAGUGCGACAAUGGUGUUGCCGAACUGAAAACCUGCGGUAACGGUCUCGCUUUCGACGCCACAGAUUCCAAAUACUUGACCGAGAACUGCGACUACCUUCACAACGUUGAGUGCGGAGAGAGGACACAGCUUGAGCCCCCAAUCUCCACUCCCCACUGUUCGAGACUGUACGGCAUCUUCCCUGAUGAAAACAAGUGCGACGUUUUCUGGAACUGCUGGAACGGAGAAGCCUCCCGCUAUCAGUGCAGCCCCGGACUUGCCUACGACAGAGAGUCCCGCGUCUGCAUGUGGGCUGAUCAGGUUCCGGAGUGCAAAAACGAAGAAGUAGCAAACGGAUUCGGCUGCCCGGCCCCCGGUGAGGUCUCCAACGCUGGCUCGUUCAGCCGUCACGCUCAUCCCGAAGAUUGCCGUAAAUACUACAUCUGUCUCGAGGGUGUUGCCCGCGAGUACGGUUGCCCCAUCGGAACCGUUUUCAAGAUCGGAGACGCCGACGGCACUGGUAACUGCGAAGACCCCGAAGACGUUCCCGGAUGCGAGGACUACUAUGGAGAAUUGGAUCUGAAGGCGAUCCGCAAGAGUGAGCUCCUCGCCGGGCUCCAGGCUGACGGCCAGCCUCGCCCCAACCAGCCCAAGCAGCUCAAACCCCGUCCUCCAAAGGAGAACUAAAAACACACUCCCACCCUUUAACCUUUAAUACUCACGUAGUAUAAUAUCAACAAUUCUUCGCGAACCACUAGCAAAUGUCAGGCAAAUGAAUCUGAGACCUCUAAAGUAGCUUUUGCAGCGCGGAGAUAAAAUCUCGGGCUUAAAUUUAGUAUAUCGAGUGAAUCGCGGUUAAUGAAUUUGUAUUCACCGCAAGUUGCCAAAAAAAUUGCUCUUUAUAAUUUUUUUUACACACAGUUUCAUGAGGCCGGUUAGAAAUUAGUGGAAACCAUAAAGCGUUAGACAUAUUUAUUUUAUUAUUGUUAGUUUCGAUAAUAUCUGUCCAUCUUAGCCUGUUUUGUUAAGACGUUAGGCAUCCAUUGUACGGAAUAGCCUAUAUCGUUUCAUUAGUAGGACUGCAUUUAACGCAUCAUUGUUUUUUUUUUGUUUUGUAAAAGAAAAAGUCCAAUAUUCCGCUAUCCAUUCGAAAACACCAUAUUCAUUAUUAUAUCCUGUAAAUAUAUUAUUACUGAACUGUUUCGCUGCGACUGAGUGUUGUUGUUUUGAUAGAAACUGUAUAACUAAGUUUAAUGUUUAGUGAUAAAAUAAACAAAAAUUGAUAAAAAUAAUUACGGUUUUAUUCAUUCUGUUUAGUUUCGCACUGUUGCACCGUUUUCCUAUCUACUUUCACGGACACUGUGUUUCUUAUUUCGAUUGCAUCUACUUUCUAACAUCUAAUUUCUUUAGUUCUUUUAGCACAUAACUUUCAUUUCGUACCUGGUCUAUGUACACUGAUACAACUAGACGGUGGUAUGGUUCGAUAAGGCACUGUCCUACCCUCGUAUCUCAGGUACGUUCUGUUCUCACUUACUUAACCAUUCAAACUAAUGAGGUUCUAAAUUUUAAGAUCGAGAUAUGCGUAGUUAGCAUGCGAGUUCCUGGUGAGUUGUUAUCAUGUUUUCUGUAUAUGCUUUAAAACGAUCAAGUCUAGCUGUUUUCAGUUAACAAAAACGUUAUA